GGCAAUUCUCUCCCGUCUUCUCCAAAACCCUAAUCGCUUUGCCCAUUCCUCUGCCGUCAUUAACGCAUCUCGGAGGAAUCCCUAUUCUAGUUUAAGCUAAACCAUGCAACAUAUAAAGUCUUCUGUGCUGAGAUGUGUUCGAUUGAGCUGCAAUUCGCGGCUUGUUGUGGUUGGGGAUGGAGGGAGGAAUGCCGGCAAGCUGGCACGAUUGAUGUGCGGUUUUGCAAGCAAGAAUGGCUCUGAAGAGAUCACCUCGAGGGUUAUCGAGCUUGUCAAGAAGUUUGAUAGGUUGGAUGCCAUCAAGGUUACAGAAACAGCUGAUUUCCAGAAGGACCUCUCUUUGGACAGCUUGGACAGAGUGGAGCUGGUCAUGGCCCUUGAGCAGGAGUUCUCCAUUGAGAUUCCUGAUACAAAGGUAGAUAAUCUUAAAUGUUGCCAGGAUGUGGUGGAAUACAUCUUGUCUGAAUCUCAGUCUAACAAAGCCAAGGGCCCCUGAUAAACUUCAAAAAAAUCGUUAUCUGGUCUUCUUGCUCUUCUCUUCAGGAUUGCUGCGAAUGCUCGAUACCGGAUGAAGAUAGCUUCAUUGAGAUUGAACUAACUGAUGCAAGAAAUACGUCGUCAGAGGGACCGAAUUCAUCGGUGUUUGGGCAAAUAAGUGAAGGUUUUGUGUU